AUGGAAACUACGGCAGAGGAAAUCAGCGCAAUGCUGAACGAAAACGAGCACGCCCUAAUCGGGGAGUUACAGGGAAAGUACGACUUCAUCAAUUUCAACGAGAUGAAAAAUUACAAAGAGAAGAAGCUCCAUCACGAAUUGACCCUGGAAGUACAAAAAUUUAUUAAUAAUAAAAAUGUCCAAGUGAAAGACAAGUUUCGACUUUUCUACACGCUCCUAUCUCCUCUGAUGAGCAAACUGAAGAAGACGAUAUACGCGGAGUUACUUUACAUCGUAACAGCGAAUUUUGAUGCCAACUGGACCAUCAGCUAUUUGAAGGAAUCAGAAAAAAACCUGGAAAAUGACAAAGACGCCAUCAUCAUAUAUAGAUGUAUCCUCAUAUUGAAAUAUAUCGAGUUAGGCGAUUUUAAAAGUUGUGAAAAUGAAAUAGAAAAUACGAAGAAUCUUCUUCAAGGAGUCAUUGGAUUGAAUGUAGUAGCACAUAAGUUCUACAACUUUGCAAUCAUGAAAUAUUAUAAUGUAUUAAAUAAGUCUGAUUUGUUCGUUAAGUAUGCCCUCCUUUACUUGGCGUACACUCCAUUGAACGAUUUAGACGAAGCGGACAAAAUCGAAAUAGGUACCCAUAUUUGCAUGCACUCCAUAAUAAGUGAAGAUGUAUAUAAUAUAGGAGAAAUAAUUCAGCUCCCACUUAUUAAUGUAUGCUUAAAAAAUAAUGAACAGACAAACUGGCUCUAUCAACUAAUUUAUAUUUACAAUGAAGGCAACAUAGAAGUUUUCAACCAAGUCGUACACAAGUACGAAGAGAAUAUUAAGAAUUCGCUUCUUAAAGAUUAUAAGAAAAAUAUGAUAAAGAAAAUUACCUUACUAGCUCUAAUGGAUCUAGCUUUUAAAAAAAAAAAACAAAGAUCAGACAUUUCAUUCGAAGAAAUUGCGCAACACUGUAAAGUGGAUGUGAAUGAAGUGGAGAAAAUGCUAAUAACGGCGAAGAGCAAAAAUAUUCUUACGUGCCAAAUUGAUGAAAUUCAAAAAUCAGUUAAGAUUACAUGGGUGAAGCCACGAGUACUGAAUAAUGAAAAAAUAUUUUUCAUGAAGGAAAGUAUAGACAAGUGGAUCACUCAUUCAAAAAACUUGCUGACCUACAUGGAAGACCUCUCUGUCGAGUUGUUAAUAUCAUAG